UUUUCUCUAUUGUUGAAGACACAUAAAUAUUUCUAGAAAUGGAACUACGUCCACUAUGAUCUACAAUGAUUACGGAAUCAUUUGAAUAGAUAGUUUUCCUUUUAAAAUGGAAUGCUGAUAGACAAAAUGUUCAUGAAAGAAUGCAUUAAUACAUUAUUCAUAAUACGACUGUAUUGAUUUGUAUUUAUUGAUUCUGAAUAGUGUUUGACAAUGUUAAAAAUUCUGCUCUUUUUACUUUAUUUCAAAGACAUUGAGAAAUGCGUUAUGAAGUGUUACAUAACAUUCUAACGUCGGUGAACAUUCCAACGUGGAGAAAGAGCAGUUAAGAACAGCCGCGUACCAUGAAGCAUUAUGUAAAGGAUGAGGUUAACUUACUGUGUGUAUUUUUUACGAAUCUUUCCAAAGAAUAUGAUCGUCGGUCUUAUCAAAACGUGGAUCGCCUAAAGAAAUUAACGCAGAGUGCAGCCCCGUUCAAUGAGUUCAAACAUAAAGAUAACUCAGCUGUAGAUAUGGAUCGAAAAGAAAAAAAAAUCUUACAAGAUGUAAAUGUGCCCGAAUGCACAGGAAUUGAUGCGCCAAUGUUAAUAAAGCAAGACAUUAUUGCUGAUGAAAUAACCUUUAAAGAGAAAAGUGAAAAAAAUGAACAUGCGAAUGGAAGUUAUCAAGCUAGGAGAGCAAACGAUGAGGAAACGAACGCUUCCAAGCAGAACUCAAGCAAAGAGAGCAGUCACGUAGAUAAAAAUCCUGAGUUAAACAAAGAGUCAGAGGUCGACACAACCAUCAAGGAUACAAUUGAACAUGGCAACUUGAAGAGAAGUUUUCAUACUGAGAAAGUUGACGAUGCAAACAACAACAUUCAACAUGACAAUCCAGAGAUGAAGAAAGAUGGCCGACGUAGAACAAGAUUUAGUUCCGAAAUCACAAUGCAACCAAAAUUAAAUCAACCACACAGUGUUGAUAUGAUCAUUAUGAUGGAAUCUGACUCCAAUGAAAUCCAUCCAAACAAGUCACGUGAUGUAUCAUCAACCAACACGCACCGAGAGACCACUGUACCUACUAGUCAUCCCCAGUCUCCCAGCAGCUUUCUUUUACUUACAGCAAUCACCUGUGUGUGCUGCCCAAUGAUUGGUCUGUUUGCAGUCUACAAAUCUGUUGCAGUAAAGCAGUCUGUGCAAAAAGGUGAAAUACAACAGGCACAUGAAGCUUCAGCGCAUGCUCGACAAUUGGGUAUACUCACCGUGUGUGUGGGAUUGGUCUUUGUCGUUGCCAUAGUAAUAAUAACACUUAUGGCCACAAUUCUUGUUGAGUAAAAGGAUAAAUAGUUCACAGUGAUUAUCCCAGAUUUGUAAUUAUAUUCCCAGAUAAAAAUUCAGUAAACAUAUUGAUAAAUGUAGUUUUGGCACUCCAUGCAAAAUAGAUUGCGCUUUGGGAAUAAAAUCUAAUGUGAAAUGUUCAUAGUCCAA